AUGGCCCGCGGCGGCGGCGGUGGCCCGGGAGGCGGUGGCCCGGGAGGCGCGGGCUGGGGGCUGCGCGGGGCGCUGGCGGCGCUGGCCCUGCUGUCGGCGCUCAACGCCGCGGGCACCGUGUUCGCGCUGUGCCAGUGGCGCGGGCUGAGCGCGUCGCUACGGGCUCUCGAGGCGCAGCGGGGCCGGGAGCAGCGCGAGGACAGCGCCCUGCGCGCCUUCCUGGCCGAGCUGAGCCGUGAGCCGCGCCGGGCGCCCGCACCCGGCCCGGAGCCCGCGGGCGCCGCCGCGCGCAACAGGCGCAGCCACGCCGGGGAGCCCGCGCCGCACGUCCGCGCCGAGAGCCACGACAUGCUGAUGAUGAUGACCUACUCCAUGGUGCCGGUCCGGGUGAUGGUGGAUCUGUGUAACAGCACCAAGGGCAUCUGCCUGACAGGCCCACCUGGCCCACCAGGUCCUCCCGGAGCCGCCGGCUUCCCAGGUCACAACGGUUCAGACGGGCUCCCUGGGCCCCAGGGUCUGAAAGGCGACAAAGGAGCCAGUGGAAAAAGAGGGAAGAUGGGGCCACCCGGUGCCACCGGAAGUCCAGGGCAAAAGGGAGACCCUGGUGAACUGGGGUUGACUGGAAAUGAGGGCCCAGCGGGGCAGAAGGGUGAAAAGGGGGACACGGGGGAUGUGUCCAACGACGUGCUCCCCCCAGGUAUCAAAGGUGACCCAGGCCCACCUGGCCCACCUGGACCCCCAGGUCCUCCAGGCCCCCCAGGGCCCCCGGGAAACAGAAGAUCCAAAGGCCCUCGGCAGCCCAACAUAUUCAAUGGCCAGUGCUCAGGGGAGACAUGUGCUGUUCCCAACGACGACACCUUGGCCGGGAAAGCCGACGAGAAGGCCCACGAGCCACUCUCCCCAGGCGCAGAGUCCACCAUCGCCUCCAUCGGAAGCCCGACGCAAGUGCUGAAGGUGUCGGAGACAUUCGGGACUUGGAUCCGAGAGUCUGCGAACAAGAGUGACGAGCGCAUCUGGGUGACGGAGCACUUCUCAGGCAUCCGAGUGAAGGAAUUCCAGGACCAGCCCGCGCUGCUCAACGGGAGCUUCGCGCUCAUCCACCUGCCCUACUACUUCCACGGCUGCGGCCACGCCGUCCACAACAGCUCGCUCUACUACCACAAAGGCGGCUCCAGCACCAUCAUCAGAUUUGAAUUUGAUCAGAAAACAUCCCAAACGCUGAAGCUUGAGAAUGCCUUCUAUUUUGAUCGGAAAUACCUCUUUGCAAAUUCCAAGACUUACUUCAAUUUGGCUGCAGAUGAAAAGGGCCUCUGGAUUAUCUACGCAUCCAGCGUGGAUGGCUCGAGCAUCCUCGUGGCCCAGUUGGACGAGAGGACAUUUUCUGUGGUACAGCACAUCAACACCACCUACCCCAAGUCCAAGGCUGGCAAUGCCUUCAUUGCCCGAGGGAUCCUCUAUGUCACGGACACCAAAGACAUGAGGAUAACGUUUGCCUUUGAUUUGUUAGGAGGGAAGCAGAUCAAUGCCAACUUUGAUUUCAGAACUUCCCCAUCUGUCCUCGCCAUGUUGUCGUACAACAUGAGAGAUCAGCAUUUAUAUUCUUGGGAAGAUGGCCAUUUAAUGCUUUAUCCCGUGCGGUUUCUGUCACCUACGCUAAACCAGUGAGGGGCUGUAUGCUGUUCCCCUGGGCACAUUUCUGAUUUUCUCCGGGAAUAGUCACAUCCCACCAUGAAAGUUGGUUUUAAGGGGAGCCAAGGGGAGCAGGGAAAGCGGGCACAGAGUAAGUAGGGCAUUUGCCUUGCAUGUGGCUGACCCAAGUUCAAUCCCUGGCAUCCCAUAUACUCCCCUGAGUGAUCCCUGAGUGCAGAGCCGGUGGUGGUACAGUAGUGGGACAGUGGCAGCCACUACUUAGCACUCUGGCUGUGACCCAAACCUCCCCCCUUCGCCCCCCAAAAAAGGGACUGAGCUGUGAUAACUUCACAACACAGUCAUUUUAGGGUUCCCGAGAAGAUUCUACGAGGGAAAAGAAUAGAUGGGAGUCAGUUUGACUACAUAUUGAUCACUCCUUCAAAAUUAGCUGGGCAAAUCACCUCGCCUCUCCUCCUCCCUACACACACCCCAGCUCCUAGGAGAGGGCUGGCUGAGAUGGUGGCGAGAUUCCCUCUACCUGCAGGGAAUUCCGUGCUUCUUGGCUCUUGCUACUUUUGACACUUUUACAUGUGUGUGUGUGUGUGUGUGUGUGUGUGUGUGUGUGAGAGAGAGAGAGAGAGAGAGAGAGAGAGAGAGAGAGAGAGAGAGAGAGAGAGUCCUGAGCUAAGCAAACUGGCCUCGGAGUUGAUGCACCCCAAUCCUUUGAGGAUUGUAUUCUUUAGUGCUGAGUCCUAGUUGGAGCCGGGAAAAGCUGAACUGACCCUGCAGGCAGUGCCCACCCUAUCGGGUACCACCUUUCUCUUGGUUGCACCUGCCCCAGGGCCAUGUCUUCUUGGCCUUCAUGGCCGCACCAGAUUAGCAGCAGCCUGGCAGGGCAACAGUAGGCAGAGCCACAAACUCAGAUGUUCUGGUUCCUGCCCCUUUUCCCACCAGCUGGUUGGCAGCUGCGGCUCCUACAGAUUCUUGAUAUUUCCCCUGUUCCGCUAGCCCAGGCCUAGAUCUGCGCUCAGCACUGAAGACGGUGUGAGCCCAUGGGGUCUGCUGGCUAGAAGCAUGGGCCGCUUCCUAUAGUCUGCAACCCGGAAUCUUCAGCUUCCAAGUCAGGCCCCACGGGUGAGCCUUUGCCACAAUCUCCUCAGAUCCCUUAGGUGGUUACUCUUGAGUUACAUUUGGUCGUUGCACAUUCGGAAAGCUUUUUACUGUUGCCAGAAUUUUUUUUUUCCGGACACCAAGGUUCCAUUACGUGAACAUACACCACAACCCACAGUUGAAGGAAAGCUAGGAGCUAUAGUGAGUGCAAAGGGAGCUGAUCCUUUGAGCGACUGUCUCAGCCCAGCCUAUUUGAUAGGCUUUGUUUGGUUCGGGGAAAAAAAAAGGCAUCAUUUCUACAGCUUGAGUUUGGGUAGGGAGAGUUUGGGUGAGGCUCUGCUGAAACCAAGCAAGGGCCCUUCGGAGUAGUGGCAGUGGGUAGUGGACUGGAUUUUUGCUUCCUAUGUUUUGAGCUAGCGUGGCCAGCUCCCCGUUGCUGCCCAGAGAAAAGCCGUUUGAACUUGCUCCGACAUUGCCCAAGAAUCACAGGCUUUUGUUGCCAACAAGGUCCCAGGCAGGACCCCCAAGAGGUGGGAGAGGGAAGGGCCUCAGACUCGGUGCUGGGAAGGACAGAGGGAAAAUCUUAGGGAAGAAUUUUUCAACCACUUGGCUUGGCUGAUGUGCAGGGUGGGAGGAGCUGCUAAAACUUUUUCACUGGGUCCAGAUCCCUUCUCUCUGGCCCUGAUUCCUGGCUUGAUACCUUGAGUAGCGGAAGCAUUUUAGAACUUAGAGAACGUAGGGUGGGAAAAAAAUAGGACAGAGAUUAAGGUGCUUCCCUUGCAUGCCAUUGACCCCAGUUCAAUCUCCAACCCACCCUUCCAGCACUGCCAGGAGUAAUCCCUGAACACAGAGCAAGGAGUAAGCCCAGAGCACCAUAGGGAAUGGCCCCCAAACCAAAUUCCAACCCAAAUUUUUUUCAUUUGAGAAUGCUUCCAUGGAUUUUUUUUUAGCAAGAUUAUUUUUUGUUUGGGGGUCACAUCCGGCAGUGUUCAGCGAUUACUCUUGGCUCUGCACUCAGGGAUCACUCCUGAUGUUGCUCAGGCAACCCUAUGGCAUGCCAGAGAUUGAACCUGGUCAGCCACGUGCAAGGUAAGAGCUCUAACCAUUGUACUAUCUCUACAGCUCAGCUCACUUAAGUACUUUUGUUCAAAUACUUUGACUUAAAUACUUUUAAGUCUUAUUUAGGUGUAAGAUUUAAGCAUUUACAUUUCCCUACCCCUUGAAAUAUUUAGGCAGCUGUUAGGGACUUAUCUAUUGUGUUCUCAAAACACCGGGCAUGUGAGAGUCCCUUGUCAAGUUUGAUUGUGUCAUGUCCUCCACAGCUUUUUUUUUUAAUGCCCUUUUCAUUUCAUGUUGUAUAACUAAGCAAAAUAGAGUUUAAGUAAAAGUUUUAUGUGCAAAAUCAACAUGUCAAAUGAGUGCUAGUCUUUUAAAAACUAUUUAGGUCUAUGAGUCACUAUUUCUAGACACGGGAUAUAAUUACACGGUAAUAGUCAUAUUAGUGAUAGUAAUAGCAAAUAUGUAAUAGUAAUUGUGUAUAUGGCAACAAUCAAAGGAAGAUAAUUAUUGAAUUAGUACAUAUCCCCUUUAGAAAAAGAUUAAAGGCUUUAGGACCCCCAGUCUUGAAACCUGACCUACCUUGAUUCUCAGCAGUUAGGAAUCAUAGACACAUAGAUCUUACUUCCCCUACAGGAGAGAAAUAUAAGAACAAUUGAGUUUAACCAGUUGUCAAAGGUUUAACAAGCAAAUUCUAUAAUGUGUUAAAAGUUUAUAUUUAUAGAGUGGGAAAAAUAAGGAUUUUGUUCUUUCCUGCAAAAAUCCCUUGAUUAAAAGGAAAACUCAUUUGGAUAGUUGUAGAUAUUCCAAUACAGAAUGCGUGUCUUGAUGUUUCCAAAUAAAGAUAGUCAUUUUGACAGCUUACAGGAUCACUUCAAACCAAAGUUGCUUGCAAAACACUUUUCUAAUAUCUGUGCUUCUGAUGUCAGAAUCAAACCUAAUAGUUCUUUCAUCUAAGCAGAUAGAUGGCCCCCGGAAAGUAAACAAGACAUCCCUCCCAACCUUCAACCUAGACUGGACCAUAUUUCAAAGCCUUUGCCCCCAUCCCCCAACUGAUAGCAUGUCCUUUUGAAGGCUUCCAGGUGUUUAGGGCUCAAUGGUGUACAGAACCCAGGUGUUGUGAGAGGGGUAGGGGGCGGGUGGGUGGGGGGUGGUUUCUGGGAUGUAGAUUUUAAAGUGAGGCGUUCCUUCAAGGCUGUAGGGUGAAAAGUCAAAUUCUCUAAGAGCCAGUGGUCAUUUUCCAGCAGCAGAGAUUGGAUGGGACUGGCACCCCUUGAGUUCAUAGCAGCUGGAGUACGUGAUAAGGCUUGCUGUUGCCCCCACACACACCCCUACCAUAUCUGUCAUUCGUGAGAAGCCAUUUCCGUGCCCAUAACUGCAGAUUCCGAACCAUUCCAAAUAACAAGUGAAUAACAGCACUAUGUCUCUUUUUUGGUUGUAAUUUAUUUAAUUCAAGUUAGUCAAUAAAAUAAUCAUUGCUGA